AGGAUUUGGUGAACAAAACAAUUAGGCACUGUGAUUAAAAGGUGUAUGAUUGAUGGAUAUUGAAACUCGACAGUGAAAAAAAAUAUUGGUGUAAAAUAAACUUGAAUGCUUACUUAGUGACAACUAAAAAGGACAUUGUGGAAGAGAGCAUUUGGCGCAGAAAAGUCAAUGGUCAACGGUUCUUAGCGGUGGCCUCCCGUGACACUUGGGGUGACCCCUGGUGAAUGGUGUGCAUCUUUAACUGGCGUGCGCAUCAACAAUAAACGAGCGAGCAAUGAUGUGGAAACUCUUGAUAGUGGCAUGUCUGGUGGAACACGGCCUUGGGCGACCCGACGUUUCACAUAUAUUGAAGAAGGAAGCUCAACGCCAGAACAGCAAGACCUUUAAUCCGCUGGAAUAUCUCAGUCAACAGUUGGGAUUUGGCAGUGAAUUUGGUGCCAGAAUUGCGAGUAGAUCAUCGAAUUUUGGUGGAAGUAGACAAACGGGAAGCCGAUCAUUUAGAAAUGCUGUGAAACCAUCUCCGUUUAAAAAAAGUGUUGACUUUGGUUAUACAUAUGAAAAACCUUCAGAUCCGUUCGAUUUUCCGAUAAAUCCAGAUGCAAAUCUUAUCAAGCCAGUGUCUACUCAAGCUCCAGCAUACCUACCACCUGUGGCACAGGGUCCUCAAAUUCCAGCAGAUGAGGCGUUGGCGGUUUCUGGAGCUCCAAGUGUACCAUCAUACCCAGGAAUAGCACCUGAUGUAGUAACCACAGAACGUGGGUCAACCAGUUCUCCGGAAUUACUAGACAUAGCAGGAAGUCCUGAGGGACCACAGAGCUCAUCUACCAUACGACCUGAGCAACCCUUUUCACCAAGUGGUCCGGCACAGUCCGCACAGAAUGGUUAUAGCUCGCCAGGAUCCACAUCCGGUGAUAUGUUCACCGGUUAUCCUCAAACAUCAACUUUAAAGCCAAUUCCAUCUUCGAGUGCUUAUCCGCAAGGAUCAAGUACGAGCUUAGAAAAUCUGCCGGAUGGUCACAUAACAUCAACGCAAAUUCCUAUAUCACAAGAAACAUCAUCGACCAGCUAUCCCGAAUCUCAAACAACCACUGAGAAUGAAUUCUCCGGUUAUCCUCAAGGUUCAAGUUCUUCCCCAUUCCUGCCCAAUGAAGAUUCCACGUCAUCUGGAUACCCACAUACAAGUUCAACAUUUUUACCCGACCAAGAAUCAUCGACAGGAUCUACAGCUGGGCCUACUCUAUCUUCAACAGUUUACUCACAAGAUUCUGAUAAUCAACCAACAACCCAGUUUAGCGGAUAUUCCUAUGGUCCUAGCUCAACUUUCUCACCUAGCACUUCAUCGACCGGGUUGAUUGGAGAAACUACAAAUUCGAUGACAGUUCAAACAACUACAGAAGAAAACUUCAGUGGAUACACACACGGUCCUGUUUCAUCCUCUACAACUGAAAAUCCUGAAAUCGUAUCCCCUCUUACAACCGAAAGUACACAACCCAGCGCACCAAUUCUUCCACCCAACCUGAACGAAGUUCUUGGUGAGCCUAUUGAUAUCAACGAACUCGCUACCACAACACAGCCUACAACCACCACUCAAAAAACAAUUGAUGGAGCUUUCAUUCCACCGAAACCGCGUCCAGAAUUGGUAGUUCCUAAUUUCCCAAGUGUUCCACAAACUCCUGAGCAAACCGAACAACCCGUCACUCCACUGGAGGAAGUGGUGACACAGUCCGUUGUACCCGGACAAGUGUCAUCUACGUCUGCUCCCGAAUAUCUGCCUCCAGAUGGUGACACUUCUGAGAAACCAUUGGGUGAAGCUGCUGCUGUAGGAGGCGGUUUCGGUGAAUCUACAACUUCUGGCGCGUACCCUCAAACCUCCACAUUUGUAAAUAGUGACACCACUACUUUAGGGUACUCAAGUUUAAGUCAAGAAACCACAACCUCUGGUUAUCCAGUGUCAAUACAAGAAUCAACAACCGUAUCUAGUUACCCGGUAUACGAUCGCGAAACAACGGCUUCACCGAGUUAUUCGAGUCCCAGUGAAGGAAUGUCUUCCUCUUCGGGAUAUCUCGAUCGUGACACUACAACUUCGUCUGGUUAUCCUGAAGUAGAUCGGCAAACUUCAACUACUUCAGUUUUCCAAGAAGGUACAACUGUAGAAAAUCAUGUUGGCACUGUUGAACAUGAAAUAACCACAUUUGGUGGAUAUCCAGGUUUCCAAGGGUUCACUACUACUGCAGUUCCCGAAAUCAAUAUCACUGCUGUUUCCCAAACGACUGUUCCUGCUGUCGACUAUCAGACGGGUACUCCGUCCAGCGAAUCGCUUGGUGCGGGAUACUUCCCAGCUUCAGGACAGCCAACUACAUCUUCUUCCGUAGAGUCCGAUUACGUUUCCACGUCAACUGCUGCUCCCGAAUAUCUUCCACCAGAAGACGAAAAUUCAACCAGCCAGUAUUACCCACCGGCGAUUAACGCUACAAUUGAAUCCCUUCCAACGCCAAGUGUUACAGAUUUCCAACCCGAUCAACCUUCUAUCCUACCAGACAGUCUGAUAGUUAAUCUAACUACUCCGCCAUCUCCACACGAACCUUAUCAACCUCAAGCGCCAGUCAAUGUCAUGGAUAUGAUAACUGCUAUCAAUGGUCUAGUUCCAGGCAGUAAUACCAACAAUGGAUAUCUGCCGCCAUACAAAACGAACAGUCCGGAUCUACGGAUCGUGGUUGGUGACUCCACGCCACAACCUAGCGAUCCUAACAGUUCCGUGCCAGAAUCGGAAGCCGAUGGAUCCGAACUCCAACCAAGGGUAGCCCUGGUAGAAUCCACUAGUGAGGGCUAUAGCUACCAAGUACCGAACGACCGGUUGCCAGCUCCGGUGGUGCCGUCGCAUACGCUCGAUGAAAACGGUUACCACUACAAAGUCCCCAAUGUUCCUUUUCGUACCUAGGUUUAAUCAAUUAGCUGAGUAAUGUUAUGUUUCGGGGGUGUACCCUUCACGUUGAAAUAUGUACCAUCAAAUCAUUUUGUUUCUCAUCGGAAUUUCAGUGACUUAGAAGACUGCUCCAACUUGAACCGUAAUGCGGGGACUGACAUGACAAUCAUCAAACUGAAAACACACGAUCAGGCAUAAUUAAUUUAUUUGCUGUUUCUUCAUUUUUUAGUUCUACAAUUCUCCCACUCUGCUAUCAACAUAAUCAACAUUCAUUAUUUUUUAUUUUGGUCUCACAUUUUGGAGACACUGGCAGUGAUUGGCACACUUAGCACAGAAGAUGAGCUUAUUGGCGGUACCCGCUGAAGUGACGAUGUUAUGCAAUAUGUCGUUGGUUCUCCGAACGCGAAUCGAAUGCGUACGUUGGGGUCACAGCAGUUCGAUGCUGCUUUUUGAGGUGAUUAGUGAUGGACAUUUUUUUCUUCUCAUUUUUGCGCUUGAUGGGAAAGAAAAUGCAUUGGCGUGGCUUACGUUGGUUUCAUCAUAUAUGAUAUUUGAUUUUUUUUAUCUAAAAUUAGUAUUACUAGGCGAAAAGUAGGUAGACGCAACGAUUUCAAGGUUUUCUAACGAAAGCUUCACAAAUCGCUAUUAGGAAAAUGCUUUCUUGGGGUACCUUUAGUUUAUGGGUAAAUGUUCUGUCCGUUGUUGAAUUAAUUUCUGAAUUUCGAAGUUAUUUCUGAUAUUCUGUUUUUCAACUUCUCAAUUUGCAUAAAUCACAAAACAUUUUUUUGCAUGGUACCUACAUGCAUCAUAUAUUAUGAAACCCUUUGAAAAUCAGGAAUCUCUUAGUUCUUCCAUUUACUUCUGAUAACAAAACAAUGAAAAAGUUUUAUGGUUGGGAACGAAAUAGAUACGUACCCCUGUGUUCAGAAUAAUGGCGGCGGAGGCCGAUUUUCAUACAAAUUGGCUCAGUUUGACAAGCUUUUGUAACUU